UAAGAUCCCUCUCCUGAGGGGUGUCGGAUAUCCUGCGGGCUCUCAGGUGACCCGUCACCUGGUCACGCUCUUCAUUAAUUCAGCGGGUGAACUCUGGCACCGAGAGCCCCGGCCGUGUCGCAGGAGUCCCGGAAGAGCGCGGAAUCCAGGCAGAUGCAGGACGGAGGAUCCGCGGGCCUGCUGGCGACGGGUCCGGCGGGCGCAGGGGAGGAGGCCGUCCGCGAGGCCGUGCCUUCGGCGCCUCCGCUCCCCUCCUCCCCGGGAACGCCCGCCCGGACCCGGCCCAGGCUGGUGUUCCACACCCAGCUCGCUCACGGCAGCCACACGGGCACCAUCCACGGCUUCACCAACGUCAAGGAGCUGUACGUCAAGAUUGCAGAGGUGUUUCUCAUCUCGGCUUCAGAGAUCCUGUUCUGUACACUGAACACACAUAAGGCGGACAUGCAGAAACUGCUGGGGGGACAGAUCGGUCUCGAGGACUUCAUCUUCGCCCACGUGAGGGGGGAAACAAAGGAGGUGGAGGUCACCAAGACGGAGGAGGCGCUUGGCCUGACCAUCACAGACAACGGCGCAGGAUAUGCUUUCAUUAAGAGAAUCAAAGAGGGAAGUACCAUUGACAAGCUGAAGACAGUAUGUGUAGGCGACCACAUUGAGGCCAUCAACGAAUGCAGCAUCGUUGGGUGCAGGCACUAUGAGGUGGCCAAGAUGCUGAAGGAGCUGCCCAGAGGAGCACCCUUCACCCUCCGCCUGGUGGAGCCUAAGAAAGCCUUUGAUAUGAUUGGCCAGAGAACGAAGGCACCCAAGUCCGGUGAGGGAAAGAUGACGAGUGGGAGAGAGACCCUCCGCCUUCGAACCACGGGGGCUGCCACUGUACAGGAAGAGCCGGACGAGUUCGAGGAGAGAGCUGUGAAGACAGUGGAUGACCUGCUAGAGAGUUACAUGGGCAUCCGGGACCUGGAGUUGGCGGCCACUAUAGUGGAGGCAGGCAAAGACAAGAAGAACCCAGACGACUUUGCCCAGGCUCUGGAUUCGGUUCUGGGGGACUUUGCCUUCCCGGACGUGCUGUUGCUGGAUGUGUGGAGCGCCAUUGGGGAUGUGAAAAGUGGAUGAGGAGAGGUGACCACAUGCUCUAAAUCAUGGGGGUGGGGCAGGUCUCUAACACACACAAUGUAUGCAUGUACUGUACAAUACUCUUUAACUUUCAAAAGGGCUUUAAUGGAUUUUCUAGUAGUAGCUUUCAGAAAUUACUGACAAUCCACACCGGGAGGUGUGCUUCCCUUGGAAAUGAACAACUAACUUAAUUCAUGUUAAGGUCUGUGGUAGCAGUAUUAGUCUGAACAACAAUCAUGAUGUUCGUAGUCUGAAAAUGCACUUUAUCCACUGCAAGAUUAGGCAUAAUGAUUAAAGAAAUAUGAUUUCCAGGGCUACACAAAUUGGAAAUUUAAGCCUUGGCUCUCGCACACCCGUAAACAAUAUAAAAUUUUCCUUAAAUGAUUUGCUUUCAUGGAACACCUCUGCUUUAUUGAAAUUCCCUGGAUGAUUUUCUGAUUUGCACAGUUAGCUCUGUAGGCCUUUGCUUUAACACCAAAUACCAUUGCUGCUGUAAACCACAAGAAAGAUUAUACAACCAUGCACACAACCAAAC